GGAAGGAGGUCACCACGGCGGGGGUAGAUAAGGGGCAGCUAAGCGAACCGUGUUUGCCCGCAAACCCCUGCAAAGCCUUCCCCAACGGCACGAUACACGUCGUCGUAUCGUCGUAGAACUCGUAAGGAAGUUAUCAAAAUUGGUCAGUUGUGCUUCUACAUUUGUACGUGUACAUAAGGUAGAUAUAUAUAUCCCAGUUCCACGAUAUCCGCGCCGAUUCACAUUAACAAGAGCUUCUACAACGAUCACCAUGUCCAAAACAUUCAACCACCCAACUUUAGGAGAGCUCAGACCUAUAUGGGGAGAGACGGUCAAUCAAUUUCUAGGUCUAAAAUACGCCUGGCUCACAGCUCGCUUUGCAACGUCUGAGUUAUUCUCGCCGGCCCCUUCAAAGGUUACCGAUGCCACGCAGUACGGGCCCUCUGUGGUGACUCAUUCGUCUGGUUGCAAAGUGGAGUAUGGUUUCAUUCAACAAAGUCUUCCAGAGCGUGCUUUCGCGUCAUCAGAACUGGACGGACUCAAUCUUAACAUCGUCGUCCCCACAAUAGCCUCAAGCGGAAAAGGCCUGCCUUGCUUUGUAUUUAUACAUGGUGGAGGCUUCACCAAUGGCGGAAAUUCCUGGCCGCAGUAUGACCUCACACGGUUUGUUCAGCUGUCAAUCGAACAAGGCGAGCCGAUCAUCGCAAUAAACAUCAACUACCGGAUGGGUGUAUUUGGCUUCCUGACAUCGGAGGAGUUAAGGAAGGAAGGAUACGUAGGAAACAACGGUCUGCGUGACCAGCGAGUGGCUUUCGAAUGGAUUAAGAGAAACAUUGCUGGCUUUGGCGGAGAUCCAGAUAAUGUCACCGUCGGGGGACAAAGUGCAGGAGGAAUCUCAACAACGCUGCACAUCUAUUCCAAGACACCCCAGUUUGCACGAGCCAUCAGCAUGGGCGGAACCACUCUGCUGAUGAAACCUUUACCAACAUUCGUUCACGAGAUGACAUAUAAGACAGUGGUUGAAGCACUUGGACUCUCUGCCAAAACUCCAGAAGAGCGAAUAUCGAUACUCAAGAAAACCCCUGCUGAAGAGCUGUUGUCGAGAUUGCCGCCAGGCCUUCCUCUGCAACCUGUAAUGGACGGCGAUUUCAUUCCAACAGCUGCAACAUUCAAAGAUGUGGCUGACCUACACAGCGCAACCAUGCCAGGCAAAUCUUGGUGCAAGGGCCUCCUUAUUGGAAACAAUCAGUUAGACGCAAGCAUCGUCGUUGGUGCGUUGGGAGCCCGCAAAGGACCUUUAAUCACCGCCUUCAUUUCAAGCAUGCGGAAAACUCUCGCCCCAUACGACACCGUGGCGGACACGAUAUUUACCAUGUAUGGAAUGGCAAACUCAAUGUCCGACAGCGAAGCGGUAACCGCAAUCCUGCACUUCGUGACCGACAUCGGCCUCACGGCGCCAGUACUCACCUUUGCCGAGGGCUUCUCUAGUAAGGCCUACGUGUACUUCUUCAACGAGCCGAAUCCGUGGGAGGGCCGCUUCAAGGGCCAGGCUUCGCACAUCCUCGACGUGGCCUUCCUCUUCCAGAACUUCAACGCCUUCCUCGAUGCCGCGCAGGCGCAGUCGGCGAGGAAUUUCGCCGUCGACGUCAUCAGGUUUGUGGGAGGAAAGGCACCGUGGACGGCGUUUGAUGCGGAGACCUUCGUGGCGAGAGUGUAUGGACCCUCGCAAGGUCGUGGCGAGGCGCUGACGCUGGAAACCACGCGGAGAGAGGAGGUGAGCACGGGAAGACGACUGGGGAUUUUUCGGUUUGCGGAACAGCCAGGACUGGAUGUCAUCUCCAAUGCACUCGGGGUAUUCCUUGCCGGGAAGUAG